AUGGGAUGGGACUAUUUUCGUGAAACUGUUCUUCAGCACCAUAUCAUUCCAUUUCUUCGCAAUCCAAUGAAUGUCCUUGACGUGCACGAAGUCGUAUUUCUUCACGACAAGGCACCCUGCAUGAAAGCUAACGCAACACAACAUCUUUUGGAGGACGAGGACAUUGACUUUUGGGGCAAUUCUAUCUGGCCUGGUAACAGUCCUGACAUGAAUCCGGCGGAGAAUAUUGGUGCAAUCAUCAAAGAUAGAGUUGAAGAAUUGAUGGCAACUGAAAAUCGCCAAAACAGAUACAGUUAUGAUGUUCUGAAGACUAAUCUUGAGAAUGUCCUCGAGAAUCUCGAGGAUGACACUGAUCUUUUCAUUGAUUUGCUGUGCUCAAUGAGGAAAAGAUUCGAUGCUCUCAGAGCUGCUCGAGGAGGUCAUACCAGUUUCUGA